CAGGGUGGUAGUACCCACCCGCGCGGAGUCACAAGAGGUCCUACCACCUGUAAAAAGUGUAAGACAAAGUGUAAGUAAGAGAAGUCGGUCCCCACAUUAGCAUUAGCGAAAGGCACAGCAAAGUGUGGCCUAAUUACACUAAUACCUUGUGGGUGACUCACAUGUAUUCAUUUAUUUUAUAAUAUUUUAUUACAUAAAUGGAUAAUCUUUUUCUUAGCGUACUCUAUAUUUAAAAUUGGCGCCAAAUUUAUUUCUAACAAAUAUACCACAGCAUAUAUGUACAUACAGCCACGAUCUACUGAUGGUAGGGUAUAUUGUGAGCUUGUACGGGUUUGUAACACAGUUCUGCCCAUUUAUGCCUCGGUGCAAUUAGGACGUCCGAUUUAAAGUGUCCAAUGAAGACAGGAAUUCAGGCAACGAGUUCACGUCCAAAGAUUUUCACAAUUAUUGCUGUGUACAUCGUAAAGUCAGCUCCGGCGAUCAGCCUGGGCAGGAGCGAUGGCCCUUUAGUGGCGUCUCUGGAUUUACCGGACGAAGACGGCGAUGCAACGGCGUUUGCGAUCUCUGGAAAACAUACUGCCGCAGCCGGAGCCUUAUCCACUGACGGAGCUGCCGUAGCUGCCGCAGGUCAGGGCAAUGCAGUGGCCGCAGCGGCAGGAGACGGUGAGAUCGUAACUGCAGUUGCUUCAUCGCUUUUAGACGGAAACGAUGAAGCUGACAGUGAUAGCGGUGAUCGAUCUAAUGGCAGUGAUACUAAAGAAUAACCUGAUGAUGAAGGAAAUGGUGGUGGCUCUGAUGAAGAUAGUGGACCUGUUGUCGCUCAAGGCAAUAGUGAUGGUACCAAGGGUGGAGAUGCCGAGGGCCAAGCUGAAGGUGACGUGGACAGUGAUUCGGAUAGUGAUACUGACGGCAAAGAACAAGAUUAAAUUAACUUAAUUAUAGAUUUAAAUAUUAUUAUGUACAACACCCCUGUGUAUUCUUAUCAAGAGGAAAGGAUUUUCCCAAUUAGGGGAUUGCACCCUGAAAACCGAACACUUCAUUUCAUUAUUGGUGAUUGGAUGGACGUUGCGUACUGGUAGGUCUGCCGUGAAGCAGUUAUUGGCCCUGUUUAACAGGAGAGGCAGCCAUUAUGAUAUACCAUUGAGUCUGCAAUUGUUCCUUCGAUCUCAUGUAUGAGGUAGGAAAGUAGGAGAUAACUCACUGUUUUUAAUUACCAAUGUUCUUUAUAGCCAUUUAAUUAGUGGUUUAUCCGUUUUUUAUUGCCAAGCAGCUUUGACACCACUUAGAAGUCGAGUCCGGGUUGGUUAAUCAAUUCACCAGGGCCUCACCAGAGAACCACAAAUAAAGCCAUGUAUCUUAAUUUUUAUGUAGAACUAAUGGUAAU